AUGGCGUCCUCAGAGACUCCCUUCAAUAUAUUCAUCCCAGAUGACAAGCUCAAGCUCCUCCAACAAAAACUUGCUUUAGUUACAUUCCCAGAUGAGCUUGAAGACUCUGGAAUGAAGUAUGGCGUGCUGCUGAAAGACAUCCAGCGAUUGGGUUUCAGAGUGCUGAACAUUCAUUAUGUGCACAAGAAGAGCAAAGUCGAAGAUGCUGUGCCAUUACUUUUUGUUCAUGGGUGGCCAGGAAGCUUCAUCGAAGCACCAUUACCAGUCGCCCACAAGCUUAUGCUAGCUCUGGGUUACAACAAAUAUGUUACUGAAGGUGGAGAUUGGGGAGGCUUCAUCACUCGAAAAAUCGCCCUGGUCUAUGGCAGCAAGCAUAGCAAAGCCUUGCACACCAAUAUGGCCAUAGGAUGCACUCUGACAUUUUAUGAACCCAUACUGUACCUCUGCCAUCUCUUGAUGCCAUACAUGGCCGCUGAGAAAGCCAGGUUGGCAUGUACACAGUGGUUUACCACUCACAGAUCAGGCUACUCAGCGGAACAUUCUACUCAGCCUCAAACACUGGGAUAUUUGCUCGCUGACUCUCCAGUAGGUCUUCUUGCAUGGAUUUAUGAGAAGCUGGUGAACUGGACGGACACGUAUCCUUGGGAUGAUGAUGUAGUCCUGAUGUGGAUAUCCAUCUAUUUCUUCUCGAGGUCAGGUCCCACGGCAUCCAUACACAUUUACUACAAAAUUCUUGGCUCAUCCAACAUGGCCGUGUUGGGACAAAAACCCGCUAUUCCUAAUGGCUUGUUGUACUUCCCAAAGGAAGUUAUGGCUGUUCCUCAUAUCUGGACUCAUACCACCGGAAACAUCAUUUUUGAAUCCGAGCAUACUAGUGGUGGGCAUUUUCUGGCACAUGAAAAACUGCAAGAGCUAGUGGAUGAUGUGAGGAUGAUGUUUGGGAAAGGAGGACCUGCAUUUGGUGUUGUUCCCGGGAAGACUGGUUAUAAGUGA